AUGGACCACCACUCUCACAAACACAAAGAAAGAAUAGCCAUCAUUGGCACAGGAUGGGCUGGAUACGCACUUGCCCAUGGCUUGGACCUGAAUAAGUUCAGCGUCAUCGUGGUCUCCCCAGACACGACAUCGACAAUGACACCGCUCCUCGCUAGCGUUGCCUGCGGUCUCUUCGACUUCCGACUAGCCCAGGAGCCCAUACGGCGCAAAAGCCGUGGCAUCAAGUACAUCAAGGCCUGGGUGAUUCACAUUGACUUCGAAGAGAAGACGCUCAGCUGCUAUCCGGCGUUUAGUCACCUGACGAUGAGCGAGAGCAAUGUCCACGAAUUUCAAGUCCACUACGACAAGGUUGUCAUCGCACCAGGAACAAGGAUCAACACCUUCAACAUCCCCGGCGUCGAGGAACACGCCUAUGUCCUUAAAAAGGUAGCAGAUGCACAAGCCAUCCGCAACCGCAUCAGCGAGAUGUUCGAGAUGGCCUCGAUCCCAAACAUCACCGAAGACAGACAACGCCAGCUCCUAAACGUAAUCAUCGUCGGCGGCGGUCCCACAGGAAUCGAAAUGGCAGGCGAGCUCACAGAUCUCUUCCAAAACGACUACUCCGAGCUCUACCCGCACCUCCGCGACAAAAUGCGCGUAUCCGUGCACACAAUCUCGCACAAGAUCCUCUCCCCCUACGACGCACACCUGCAGGAAUACGCAACCGAGUCCCUAAACCGCAACAGCGUCUGGGUCAAGUUCGACUCGCACAUCACUAGCGUCACCGCCGACACCAUCGAAACCCAGGACGAAGGCCGCAUCGGCUACGGCCUCCUCCUCUGGGCCACUGGCGACAAAUCCGUGCCCCUAGUCGACAGCCUGGACGUCUCCAAAACAUCCCACAGCAUGCACCGCAUCCUAACGGACUCGCGCCUGCGCGUGCUCAAAAAAGACGGCACGGUCGACGUCAACUCCUACGCUCUAGGCGACGCAGCAGAUAUCGACGGCGAGAGUCUCCCGCCAACCGCCGAGGUCGCGUUGCAGAAAGCAGACUAUUUAAUCUAUCAGUUUAACACGUUUCCGACGUCGGAUAUUGAGCCGGGCGUACCAUUUCGGUAUAAGCAGAGGCAGUUGGUUACGUAUACGGGGAGGAGGGAUGGGGUUGUUGCGGGGAAGAAGGAUUAUAGUGGGUAUGGGGCGUGGUUGAGUUGGAGGUCGGGGAAUUUGAUGUGGACGAGGUCGUGGAGGAGGAAGUUUAUGAUAUGUGCGACUUGGGUUUUGAAUUGGCUGGGAGGGAGAGAUAUUGCGAGGAAUUGA